AUGCAGCAUGUAGUACACAUUGAUGAAAAAUGGUUCUACUUGAACCCAGAAACAAGGAGGUUCUAUCUCCUGCCAAAUGAACCUAACCCAUAUAGGUGCCAACAGUCUAAAAGGUUCAAGGUAAAAGGCAUGUUCAUGGCAGUCAUAGGGAAGUCAAUAUUUGACACCCAUGGAGUAGUAUUACAUGAUGGAAAGUAUGGAAUCUUUCCAUUUGUGUAUGAGAGCACAACAAAGAAAAAAAGCAAAAACAUGGAGGCUGGAGCUGUGGAAAUAAAGGCAACACAGAAUGUGAACAAGGAGGCAAUCAGGGCAAUGCUCCUGAACAAAGUAAUUCAGCCAUCAAAAGUAAAUGGCCACCCCAUCUGUCCAAGGACAUGGAUUCAGUGGGAUAAUGCCAGACCUCAUCAAAUUCCUAAGGAUGAGGAAUUUAUUGCUGCCUGUCAGUCACAUGGGUUCACAAUUCAAUUUAUUUACCAGCCAGCUCAGUCACCAGACUUAAAUGUGCUAGAUCUUGGGUUGUUCAAUGUCAUACAAUCGAUACAAUACCAAUCAUUUCCUAAGAACUUGGGGGAACUCAUAGACAAGGUCAAAGAGGCUUAUGAAUUGUUCAAUCCAGUGUUGAACAAGCACUGUUGGAUAACACUACAAGGUUGCAUGGAAGAAAUUCUUAAGCAUCUAGGAGGGAAUAACUUUCCCCACCACACAAAGGGAAGAAAAGGCUGGAAAGACUUGGCAUGUUGCCAGAGCAACUACAGUUGGACAGGAAUGUGGUUCAACAAGCUGUUGAUUACCUCAACACUAAUUCAUAUCAACAGGUGA